AUGUCGCUGGUGAAGAAGACGAGUGGCAGAAACUUUUACAACAAGACGGCAAGAAAAGAAGACAUCGUUUUGAUCGACACGGACCUGAUUGAGGGCAGGCAGGAAGACGCAGAAGAGUUCCUCGGAUUCCUACUGAACGGCCUCAACGACGAGAUGUUCGAAUUGAUGAAACCAGUUUUGGAUUCGGAGAAUACUUGCAGUGAUUCAAAAAGUACAGUCUUCGAGAAGACGCCAAUACGCGCUAUUGUUGGCGGCCAGUUGAGAUCAAAAAUCAUGCGAGCUGGAUAUGUGUCCACGGAGAAUAAUCAACCGUUCCUGACUCUGCAACUGAAUGUCGACAAGGUGAAGACGAUCAAAGAGGCUCUGGAGACACUUGUGAAUAAGGAGCAGCUGGAAGGAUUUACUUCUCCUAACACAAAUGAAGAGGUACAGGCGUUGCAGCAAUUGCUGCCACUCAUUCUCAUUCUGCAUCUGAAAUUCUUCGAUUUCAACUCAGAAAGCUGUACGAAAAUCAGCAAGGCGUUGGAAUUCCCUGUCGACCUAAAAAUCGAAUCGAGGUUAUCUUCGGAGUCACAAACGCCCGAAGGAAGAAGGUAUAUGUUGUUUGCCGUGGUCUACCACAUCGGCGAUUAG